AUGUUCAUUCCCCGCAAUGUCGUGUCCAGUCAGGACGAUCUGGUGGCACAUACACCUCCAGAGUCUGUGGGGGUUGAUCUCGACUCGGCUUUUGAAAACUUGGCUCUCGACGCGGGUGGAAUUAACGAAGAAGGUAACAACGAGGCGGAAAUCGGCGAGGAGAACGAGGACAAUGACGGUGAGGCCGAGGACGACACCUCGUCCGACGAUGACGGCAACUCGUCUGCAGACGACAGUGACUCGACGAUAUCCACCCCGGAUCUUCACAGCGCUGCCGAGUCCCAGAGACUCACAGACCUUCUCGGCCUCCCCACCACCCUCUGGCGAGUCCAGCACAGAUGGUCCCAGAGCCGACUCGACCAAGCCACCAACGACUAUCUCGCCGCCGCGCAGAGGCCCAUAUCUUCUAAUGUCGUGCACGAUCGCGACCUCCGCGCAGCCGUGGAGCGGCACGUUGUCUGGUCCGACUGGUCCGCGCGGAGCUGCUUCCUCUCCACGAUGAGUUGCGAAAUGCACAUGCGGAACUGGGUAACAAAGACCGGGGUCCGAGACCCUGUGCUUCUCAAGAUCGACGUCGAAACUCUGCUGCGCGCGGUGGAGCCCAGGUUCCGAGAAGGGGCGGUGCUUGAUAUGGAGUGGCUGAAAGAGGAGUGGGGGCUGGAUUACGGUUAUGCCAGGGACGAAUAUCUCAUCGUGAAUCGCAUUCCGAGGGAGGCUAUUGUUUCGAAGUAGUGGCCUUAGCUCGCGGGCGGGGCAUUUCACACAACACUCAGUGAAGGGUCAAGAUUGGAACUAGGUAUAUCUUGAAUGGAUUCUUUUGGAUUUAUAUAGCUCAUCCAGCCUGG